AUGGUGACCCUCAAGUCUACUUCCACCAUCUUUCCCAGCAAGCCUACACCGGGAGGCGUAUUACAGUUAUCAGAGAACGACCAAAAAAUGCAAUGGAAUCAUGCACGCGUCAUCUAUAUCUACAAAACCACCAGCGACAACAACGAACAAACAACAACACUCGAGACACUGAAAGACUCCCUGAGCCGUGCAUUGGUUCCCUAUUACCCACUAGCUGGUCGACUACGCUGGAUUCAUAGUGGCCGACUGGAACUCCAUUGUAAUGCCAAGGGCUCACAAAUAUCAGAAGCUUAUUCAGAAGCAAAACUUGAUGAACUUGGGUUUGCACCAACAAAGGCAGUCGAAGAUUUGGUCCCUAAGGUUGAUUAUGGUAGUCCGAUUGAGGAUUGGCCCUUGAUGCUGGUGCAAGUCACAAGCAUGGACCAAUUGGCACGAGGAGAUGAAUUGGAGGAGAAUGAGAUGCCUUUCCAUGAUCGCACCAUAUUACGAUCAUCCGAACCACUUUUGCCUCCACGCUUUGAGCAUAUAGAGUUCACAAAACCACCACUCCUAUUAGGACACACUGAUGCCAAAGAGGAGCAGAUGAAAGAAACUUGUGCCACCAUAUUGAAAGUCACCAAAGAGCAAGUCGAGGGACUAAGGAAAAAAGCCAACGACAUCCCACAUCAAGACAUGGAAAUGGUGGUGACACGACCUUAUUCUCGAUAUGAAGCAGUCGCUAGGCACUUAUGGAGGUGUAUAUGCAAGGCACGAGCGAGUGAUAACACUCAACCAACAAGACUUUCCUUAGCGGUUGAUUUUCGUAGUCGCUUGAAGCCGUCUCUCCCCCCAGGAUACUUUGGAAACGUAGUUCUUCCGACCGUAACAUCGAAAUGUGUCCAUGGCGACCUCUUGGCCAAACCACUUAGUUAUGCUGCUAGAAAAAUAAGGGAAGCCAUCGAACGUAUCACAGACGAGUAUAUAAGGUCUGCUCUUGAUUAUAUAACUAGCCAGGAGGAUGUGAGUGCUUUGAGGAGUAACUUCCAUAUUCGUGCAUACACAAAAACACCUAAUUUCUUAGGAAAUCCCAACGUUUAUAUUGGAAGUUGGAUUAAUUUGCCAGUUUAUGGUAUGGAAUUGGAUUAUGGAUGGGGAAAGCCAAUCUACGUCGGUCCAGGAUUAUUAAAUGAUGAUGGCAAGUCGUUCAUCAUGUCAAGUCCAACUGCUAAUGGAUCUCUCCUCAUAGCACUUCGUUUGCAAACAGAAUACAUGGAUUCUUUUAAGAAGCUCUUCUAUGAGGACGUCCAUUGUCACCAAGCGAAGCUUACAAAUCUAGAAACUUAA